CAAUCAAUAGUAAUAGUCAUUUACGACGAAGUUGCUUCCUAUCUCUUUUUCCUCUUCUAUAAAUCCAAUCUAACCAACCAACUCAUAGCGAUAGAAAAAAACAAACAAACCAAACCAAAAGAAACCUUUACCUAUAGCUUAGUCUAUCUUUUAUUAACAUGGCUCAAAAAAAUGAAAAUGAAACGGUUACUUCGCAAACCUUUAACACAGAAACAACAGCAACAAUAAGUAACAUAAAAAAAAGUAGCACCGGUGGAAUUGGAAGCCUCAUAAAACUGCUCCCAACAGGGACAGUUUUCUUGUUCCAAUUCUUAAACCCUGUUCUCACCAACAGUGGUCACUGCAAAACCAGCAACAAGUACCUUACCUCAAUUCUACUUCUCACAUGCGGUUUCAACUGUUUCUUUUCAACUUUCACAGACAGUUACACAGGAACUGAUAAGAAGAGACACUACGGCGUCGUAACAACGAAAGGAUUAUGGCCUUCGCCGGAGUCGUCGUUGACGAGUUCGGUUGAUUUAUCGAAGUAUAGGCUUAGGGGUAGUGACUUUGUGCAUGCUGCUUUGUCUUUGCUUAUUUUUGCAUUACUUGGACUUCUUGAUACGAAUACUGUCCACUGUUUUUAUCCUUCUUUUGAGUCAACUCAGCAGCGUCUUCUGCAGGUUUUGCCUCCGGUUAUAGGUGUGUUUGUUGGUUGGAUUUUUGUGAUAUUUCCACAACAUAGACAUGGAAUUGGAUAUCCUGUUACUACAGAUGAUUCUCAUGAAUCCUCUAGAAUAUCUAAUGAUACAGAGGGAUCUCCGCAAAAUCCAACUCAUAAUGUUUAGGUUUUUCUAGGGUUUAGAGUUUGUGAUGGUUACAGUAAUUCUUGUGUAAAACACAAUCACAAACCAUUCAAAAACGAUUGAUUUCACUAUUUUGGUAUAUUCAAAUUCUUGUGUUUUUCAUUUUUAUUUUAUUUUUUAUGAUUGCUUUAGUAAGGUUUUGAGCUUUCGAUUUAUUGUGACUAUAUAAAUUUAUAAAUAUUCUUCAAAAGUUUCAAUUUGAACUUUAG